AAGGCGUGAAGUGACAUGAGAGAUUACUUGAAAAAUGUAACCAUGCGCUCUCGUAGUAACAGCAUGGAGAAUCCUGUGAAGAUGAAGCGUACCCAGCAUCACGCUCGCUCCAGACGCAGGAACUCUGAAUGCGAGGACUCGGCCAGCAGUGAGACAGGGAAAGCCAAAUGGACUGUCAGGGAGAGGGACCUCUCAGAGGACACUGGGACUGUCCUGAGGAACCACAAGAGAGGAGCUGGGCGGAGCCACAGGUCGGGGGGUGUGGCUACAGGGAAGGGCAGGGAGCUCUCCCGGGAUGACCUGCUCUUUCUGCUCAGCAUGCUGGAGGGGGAGCUCCAGGCUCGCGAUGAAGUCAUCACUGUCCUCAAAGCACAGAAGAUCGACUUGGCUCUGCUAGAAGCCCAGUAUGGCUUUGCGACCCCACAGAAUGUCUUGCAGGCCCUCCAGAGAGAUGCCAUCCAGGGGAGAGCCACACAGUGGCAGGAAGACAUUUACGAGAAGCCUGUGGCUGAGUUAGACAAGGUGGUGGAGAAGCAGAAGGAGACACACCGACGCAUGUUAGAGCAGCUGCUCCUUGUUGAGAAGUCCCACAAAAAAAGCAUCUACGAGCUGGAGGACGAGAAGAGGAAACACACGGAGUACAUGCAGAAGAGUGACGAAUUCACCACCCUGCUGGAACAGGAGUGCGAGAGACUGAAGCUACUUGCUGAACAGGAGAAAGCCUAUCAAGCACGAAAGGAGAAAGAGAACAACAAGAAUGUGGGCAAGCUAAAGGAGGAGGUGACCAAGCUGAAAUCCUUUGCUCUUCUGGUGGUGGAUGAGCAGCAGAGACUUUCUGAGCAACUCACACAGCAGAGCAGCAAAGUCCAGGAACUGACAGCCAGCACUGCCCAGGCCCAGGAGAAGCUGAGUGCUGCCCACGCCAGAGUACAGGAGGAAGAGCAUAAAGUCUGCUGUCUGGAGGCUGAGCUUCAAGACCAAGCCAACCACUUCCAUCAGGAGAAGGAGGCCAUGACUGCCAAGUUGACCAAUGAGGAUGCCCAGAACCGGCAGCUCAAACAGAAGCUGGCCACUCUGAGCAGGCAGACUGAUGAGCUGGAGGAGACCAACAAGACACUGAGGAAAACAGAGGAGGAACUCCAGGAUAUGAGGGACAAGAUCAACAGGGGAGAGUGUGGCAACUCCAGCAUGAUGGCCGAGAUGGAGCAGCUGAGGAAGAGAGUGCUGGAGAUGGAAGGAAAGGAUGAGGAACUCAUCAAGAUGGAGGACCAGUGCCGGGAUCUCAACAGAAAGCUGGAGAAAGAGUCUGGACAAAGCCGGAGUUUGAAGGGUGAGGUGGACAAGCUGAAUCGCAGGAUCAUGGAGCUUGAUAAGCUGGAAGAUGCUUUUGGUAAGAGUAAGCAAGAAUGUGGCUUGCUCAAGUGCAACCUGGAGAAAGAGAGGUCAGUGACCAGGCAGCUGUCUAAUGAGUUGGACUUUUUAAAAGUGAGAAUCAGGGAGCUGGAGGCCAUUGAAUCCCAGCUGGAGAAGACAGAGCUUAUACUGAAAGAGGACCUCAACAAGCUCAAGACACUGACAGUCAUGCUAGUUGAUGAAAGGAAAUCCAUGGCGCAAAAGCUGAAGCAGACAGAGGAGAAGCUCCACUGUGCCACAGGUGAACUGCAGACAGAACAAAAGAAGGUGACAUCAGUGACUGAGAAGCUAAUUGAAGAGAGCAAGAAAGCCCUGAAGUCCAAGGCAGAGAUUGAGGAGAAGAUGUAUAGUUCUACCAAGGACAGAGAUGAGCUGGUAUCCAAACUAAAUGCAGAGGAGCAAAGGGGAAAUGACUUGCAGGCUAAGAUUACAAUGAUGAAAAAGAGGAUGCAGUCCCUGGAAGCCACGGAAAGGGAGUCUUUGAGGAACAAGGCCAAGCAGGAGCACAUUAAGGUUCCUCUAGCCACCCACUUACACCAAGAUGACAAUAAAGUCAAAGAUUUAACACAGGAGGUGGAAAGGCUGAGGCGUAAGCUGAAGGAGAUGAGGGCUGUGGAAGAUGACUUGGUGAAAACAGAAGAUGAGUUUGAAUCUCUGGAAAAGAGGUACUCCAGUGAGCAUGACAGGGCAAAUGCCCUAAUUGAGGAGCUGGAAGCCUCCAGACAGGAGUUAGCUAAAUACCAGCUAGCAGAGAAGGCAGAGUCCGACCAGGAGCAUAUACUCUAUAAACGACUGAAAGAAGAGGAGGCCAAGUCCAGUCACCUCACAAGAGAAGUUGAAGCUCUGAAAGAAAAGAUACAUGAGUACAUGACAACUGAGGACUCAAUCUCCCAGCUGAGAGGAGAGAAAGGCAUGAUGCAAAGGAAACUGACACAGCAGGAGAGCAAGAUCAAAGAGCUGGCUCGGGAAAUGGAAAACCUCACCAGGGAGUUGGAGAGAUACAGGCGGUUCAGCAAAAGCCUGAGGCCCGGAUUGAACGGUAGAAGGUUUUCAGACCUGCAAGUCUCCUCCAAGGAGGUGCAGACAGACCAGUCAGACAACGAACCCCCUGACUACAAAAGCUUGGCUCCUUUAGAACGUGCUGUGGUCAAUGGAAAACUGUAUGAGGAAAGUGAUCCAGAGGAUGAUCCCAAUUACAAUGAGCAGCCUACCACCAAAUGCAACACAUCAAUUGUCAACAAUGCCAACAACCUUAACAACAACAGAAAGGCAAGGUCGCCCUGGGAGAAAGUCAGAGAAAGUCAACACCCACUGAACGGUAAAGUAACACCAAGGCAAAAUGGGAAUCGCAUGCAGCCAAGGGAUCUGGUUCUUACUCACUCACCAGGUCGGCCCUUGCACAUCAAAGUGACCCCGGACCACGGGCAAAACACAGCCAUGCUGGAGAUCAGCAGCCCUACUUCAGAGAAUGCCCACUCUUACACCAGCACUGCAGUGAUCCCCAACUGUGGAGGUGUGCCCAAGCAGAGGAUAACCAUUAUCCAGAAUGCCUCAAUCUCCCCUGCAAGAUCUAAAGCCUCUUCCACUUCCGAUGGAUACUGCACCCCUGAACGGGCCAUCUCACCACUCACCAUGGCAACAUACUCCAGAGCCAUAACCCCAGACUCAUGUGGCUCCAUAACCCCAGACAGGCCAAUGUCACCCAUCCAGAUAGUGGCCGUCACCAAUGGUUCUUCAGAGCGAUCCCUAUCCACGGAGCCGAUGGAGGUCAGUGCCGGGCACACAGUCUUCCGGGUGACACCAGAGAGACAGCACAGCUGGCAACUGCAGAGGUCGAACAGUACGAGUCCCAACAUCAUUACCGCUGAGGACAACAAAAUCCACAUCCACUUAGGUAGCCCCUAUAUUCAGGCCAUUACCAACACAUCCAAGCCCACUGGUCAGGAGAACAGAACUCAAGCGUUAGCAAACAGCACACCCAUUAAGCCACCCAACAAAAUCACAAGCAGCAUCACAAUUACACCAGCAACCUCCCCGAUCCCACGGCCUUCACAAAUUACAGUAAGUAAUGUCUAUGAUUGACUCCUCCUUCAUCCCCGUCCCUCCAUAUCCAAAACCAACCAUCCCAGCCUGCACUCAUCAGUAUUUAUAAAUACCUUAGCUUAAUAUAUUUUACCUCCAUUCCUCAACCACUCCUGCAAGAAUCCUGCUGAAGCACUUCUUUUAUUUUUUUGGGACGUUUGUGCAUGAACUACAGUAUAUAUCCAGUAUACAUAGAUAUAUAUAAAUAUAAAAAAAAAAAUGUUUAAAAAAUACUAGCAAUAAUCCUAACUUUUUACAAUGAAUGAUUAAUCAUGUGUGCACUUACUGUAUAUGCUCAGCAAUGAACAAUAUGUACCAAGACUAGUCAAUGAUGUACUGCUGUAUUUCACAUAAAAAUGUACUUCAGUUUGUUAUGGGGAUUUUUUUUUCCUUCUAAAUAUUAAAGUACAUGAUGCAUUUUUUUCUAAUUCAUCCCCCCAGAAUUUACAUGAAAAAUAUGAAUGAAUUGUGUUUGUUGUCAUAAUCAUUCAUUUGAUAAUGUAAGGAUUAUAGCUGUACCUGAAACUUACUGUAGCAUAAAUGGAGACCUUAUUUUGUGAAGAUAUGUAAUGUAGCUGGAAACACAAAAACAAUUAUUGUAAUACAGUUUUUUAUUAAUUCA